AUGGGUCUUUGCUUAUCAUGUCUACUGCACUCACAAGAUGAUGAAGAUAAUGAAACUUCAUCUUUAUUAAGAAAUCAACAAAAUUCUUAUAAUUCAAAUUAUGCUCAAGAAGAACAAUUAUUAAAAGAACAACAACAACGACAACAAGAAUUAUCAAAUAUAGUCAAUGAAUUAUCAGAUAAAUUAAUUGAUGUAACAUCAUUCUUGAAUCCUAGCACCACCGCUACCAACUUACAACAACAUCCCUCGUUAUCUUCAUUGACUCAUAAUAUCUCUCCUCAAGAGCAUGAAAUUAAUAAUGAUAAUAAUGAACAAAGUAAUGUAAGGGUAUAUCCCUAUGUUUAUAAUGUAGAGGAUAGAGAUAAGGUAUUAAAAGAAAUGGAAGAGAUAAAUCAAUCAAUUAGAGAUUCUUGUAAAGUACAAUUAGAAGAACCUUUAUAUUUGAAAUUUUAG